AUUGACGAAGCAACCGUCGCCGCAUGGACCAACCUCAACUCGCUUUUGAUUGAGCAAAGCCAAUUGCGCAGCGUCCCCGCAUCUUUUCGCGAGCUUACGCUUCUCGGUGGUCUCUCUCUCUUUGGCAACAAUAUUUCGGAGCUGCCAGCACACACGCUGGGGGCGCUGAGCAGUCUCACAACACUAAAUCUGGCGCAGAACCCACAUCUGGAAAGCGUCCCGGACGAUGUGAACCAGGCCAAUUUGGAAUGGAUGCUGGACUUGUUCCUGGAAAACACGAGCGUAGCGACAUGGUCGCCCACAGCAUUUGGGCCAUCGACCAACGUCUACAUGAGCGGGACACCGUACUGCACCGUCGCCGCCACCGAGCCGGCGUGUCAUCCCAGCGCCUACGACGGCAGCUAUCGCUUUGGCAUUAUGGCCCGUCAAUUCGAUUAG